AUGGAUUAUUAUAAGGUGCUGGGUCUGAGUAGCAACGCUACCAAAGACGAAAUCAAAGAAGCAUUUAGGAAUAUAGCCAAGAAAUUCCACCCCGAUAAGCACUCUGCGUCUCCGAAAUCCGUCAGGGAUGGUGCCACCGUCCGAUUCAAGCAGGCAUCCGAAGCUUACGAGGUUUUAGUCGAUGAUCACAAGCGCGCUGAUUAUAAUCUCCGUUCUAAUCGUAGCAAUCAGGGCGGCCCAAGUGGUUCCGGGUACGGGUAUGGAUAUGGGUACACAUAUGAUAGCAGGAAGAACCGUUCAUCUAAUUAUGAUUACUACAGCAAGAAGGCAUCCGUUUCUAGGUUUCAGAUCGCCCUUGGAUACAUAAACAGUCGUGCAUUCCUUCUCAAUGUUGCUUUUGCUGGGGCUAUAUUAAGUGGUCUAGCGGUUGUUGAAAUAGGCAGAGAUGCAAUCUGGAAGAUGCAGAAUCCAGGUAAAUCAUUUGAAGAAGCAAUGGAAUCUAUGCAGAAGACAAAAACAGUGAAGGAAAAGGAAUAAUGAAGAGGUGUAAUACUCUCCAGAUUCUAUACAAGUAACAGAAGAUGAACACAAAUAUCAAUGGUGCAUUGAAUCUGAAAUCCAAGAGGAGCUUGUUGCAAAAGAAAAAGUGGGCGAUGUUUUUUGUACAAAAAUAAUUAACAAGGGAAACAACAAUUUUUAGCUAUGAUGAUGUAUUUUCUUACGUCCAACCUAAAGAAAAUGAAUAGAGAUAUAAAUAUGAAUGUAGGUGUAGGUGUGACAUUGAUGUUUAUGUUAUGAAUUAUGAGGUUUUAUGUGCAUUGAUUAUGUUAUUUUGAUGUCAAUUCAAAUGAAAGUGUAAGAAUAUGAUAUAUUACAGAAGUUGAAUUUUACCGAUAAGUGUUCUAU